UGGUUCGCCGUGGCUCGUUCGACGUGUCAACAUUUUUAGAAAAUAUUAAAUUAAAUACUAGCGGGCGCCAAACACGCGAAACGACGUGCGAAGCUAUAACUUAUAGGAAAUACAUAAAAUAAAUAGCAGUGUAGCAAUCAACAGCAGAACAGAACAUAAAUAAUUAUGGCGGAUAAAGUAAACGUGUGCAUUGUGGGCUCCGGCAAUUGGGGUUCGGCGAUAGCGAAAAUUGUGGGCGCCAAUGCUUCUGCACUGCCGGAAUUCGAGGAGCGGGUGACCAUGUUCGUCUACGAGGAGCUGAUUGAUGGCAAGAAGCUCACGGAAAUCAUCAAUGAGACGCACGAGAAUGUCAAAUACCUGAAGGGACACAAGCUGCCACCGAAUGUGGUGGCCGUGCCCGAUCUUGUGGAGGCUGCCAAGAAUGCUGAUAUACUCAUUUUCGUAGUGCCACAUCAGUUCAUUCCCAAUUUCUGCAAGCAAUUGCUGGGUAAAAUCAAGCCAAAUGCCAUUGCCAUAUCUUUGAUCAAGGGCUUCGAUAAGGCCGAAGGAGGCGGCAUUGAUCUCAUUUCGCAUAUAAUCACGCGUCACUUGAAGAUACCAUGCGCUGUCUUGAUGGGCGCCAAUUUGGCCAAUGAAGUGGCUGAGGGCAACUUCUGUGAGACCACAAUCGGUUGCACGGACAAAAAGUAUGGCAAGGUGUUGCGUGAUCUCUUCCAGGCGAAUCAUUUCCGUGUUGUUGUCGUCGACGAUGCCGAUGCCGUGGAGGUUUGCGGCGCCCUCAAGAAUAUUGUGGCCUGCGGUGCGGGCUUUGUGGAUGGCCUGAAGCUGGGCGACAACACCAAGGCGGCUGUCAUUCGAUUGGGUCUGAUGGAAAUGAUUCGCUUUGUGGAUGUCUUCUAUCCAGGCAGCAAGCUGUCCACCUUCUUUGAGAGCUGCGGUGUGGCGGAUCUCAUUACGACGUGUUAUGGUGGUCGCAAUCGUCGCGUCUCUGAGGCUUUUGUCACUUCGGGCAAGACCAUCGAAGAACUCGAAAAGGAAAUGCUAAAUGGCCAAAAACUCCAGGGCCCACCCACUGCCGAAGAAGUCAAUUAUAUGUUGAAGAACAAGAAACUGGAGGAUAAAUUCCCCCUGUUUACGGCCAUUCAUAAGAUAUGCACAAAUCAGCUUAAGCCUAAAGAUUUAAUCGAUUGCAUACGCAAUCAUCCCGAGCAUAUGGAUACGUCCAUCAUGCCGUCGCCAAAACUCUAAAAAAAAAUCCCCCACACCACACAACCCCCACAAAAGAUUGUAAAUACUACUCGAUAUCUAUCGAUCAUUAAUCGAUCCAAAGUUAAAAGUCAAGUCAUCGAUUCAUUCACAUUUUUUCUACGACUAUCAAAAUGCAUUUCCAAGCAUUUUUCUAUUCAUUAUUUUUCAAUUGUUUUCUAUCGUGUAAAAGUGUUUUUUAUGUGUAAAAAACAAAAAAAAAACAUAAAAGUGUCAUAUAUUUGUUGAAACAUUAAAUGAAAUUUGUUAAGAAUAAAAACUUUAAAAAAAUAUAUAAUAUUUUGUACAUACCAUACAAAAAAAAACCGAAUGUCUAUCCUUCAUUUCGAAAACAAAACUUCAAAAAAACAAAAAUAUUGAAAUAUUGGCAGCUAUCAUAAUCGGCAAAGAGAGCAGUACGUAUCGGAAAAUCCAACCAAAAACAAAAGUUUAAUCAAUUUUUCUGCAAUUUUCAGUUUGAGUUCCAAAAGCACGAAUUUUUUAUCUUUUUCAAUCAAAAGAAUGUUUUAAAGUUAUUAAUUUUUAAACAAAAAAAUAUACUAUAAUAUUAAUAUUUCGAAACCUCUCUUCUUCCCAGGCAAACUUUGUAGAGCCUUGGAGGCGAAACGAUUUUAACAUUUUUAUGCACCCACAAAAAUAAAAACCGAAUAAAUGUAUAUUUUU